AUGUCUACUCAACGAAAAACCCCCAACAUAACUGGAUCAGAGAAAGAAGCAGCAUUCAAACCCAUUGCUGGAGAAAAGAGCAAUAUUGCACCUGCUGUUCCAGCCCACGUGAUCAUCAAGCUCCUCGGUUUUACACUAGCUAUGGUCGUCGCACCUAUUGGAUCAUAUUUCUUGACAUUGGAUCUUAUUUUCCGAGGAAACUCUACAUUUGCCGGUGCAACCGCCGCAAUCAUGGCGAAUGUUGUGUUGGUCGGUUAUGUGAUCGUGGCUAUGAGGGAAGAUCAGAGUGAAGCGAUUGAAGCCGCGGCGGAGAAGGAAAGGGAUUCGAAAAAGGACCUGUAA